GCGCCUCGGAGCCGGGUGGGAGGCGUCGGAGAGGAGAGGGGCUCGGAGUGCUUAGGAACCCCGCGGGCCGGAGGCGGCGCCAGACGGGAGCGGGGCUCCGAGCUCCUGGGAGUGGGGUGGCAAGGGGCGGAGUGGCCCGGCAGCCGAGUGACGUCGCGCGGGUCGGGGCGUUAACAGCUGCGGGGCGGCGGACUGGAGACGAGCUGGGACUGCGGACGGCGCCGCCCGGGCUGGGUGCGCUAACCUGGCUGCGGGUCCCGAGUGCGCGUGGCCUCGGUCCCGCCGCAGGGCGGCAUGAGCCCGCAGCCGCUGCCUUAGCCUGGCUCGUGCGCGGGGGCCGGCGCGGCUUCGGGGGUCAUGAAGCCCAACCCCGCGGGCGCGGCGAGGGAGUCGGAGCCGCAGGCAGCCGCCCGAGGCGAGCAGCGCGCGGAGCCGGAGGGGCGCUGGCGGGAGAAGGGCGAGGCGGACACGGAGCGCCAGCGCACCCGGGAGCGCCAAGAGGCCACGCUGGCCGGGCUGGCGGAGCUGGAGUACCUGCGGCAGCGCCAGGAGCUGCUGGUCCGCGGAGCCCUGCGCUGUGCCGGGGCGGCGGGGGCCGUGCGUGGCGGGGAGCUGCCGGGGGACGCGGCGCAACGCAGCCGCCUGGAGGAGAAGUUCUUGGAGGAGAACAUCUUGCUGCUGCGGAAGCAGCUGAAUUGUUUGAGGAGAAGAGACGCUGGUUUGUUGAAUCAGUUGCAGGAACUUGACAAGCAGAUAAGUGACCUGAGACUGGAUGUGGAGAAGACAUCUGAAGAGCACCUGGAGACAGACAGCCGGCCUAGCUCAGGGUUUUAUGAGCUGAGUGAUGGGGCUUCAGGAUCGCUUUCUAAUUCCUCUAACUCCGUGUUCAGUGAAUGUUUGUCCAGCUGUCAUUCCAGCACUUGCUUUUGCAGCCCCUUGGAGGCAGCCUUGAGUAUCUCAGAUGGUUGCCCCAAAACUGCAGAUGUGGACCCCAAGUACCAGUGUGAUCUGGUGUCUAAAAACGGGAACGACGUGUAUCGCUACCCCAGUCCUCUGCAUGCUGUGGCUGUGCAGAGCCCCAUGUUUCUCCUCUGUCUGACGGGCAGUCCUCCGAGGGAGGAGAGGCUUGGGAACCACGGCGGCGACGGCUGCGGCGGCCCUGAACUGAGCGUCAGCAGAGCAGACAGCGCCCUGCCGGCUCCCAGCGGGCUCUGGGCUCCCCAGCCUCCCUCCAGCAGGAGGGUGGACGGCUACAUCCUGAGCCUGCUCCAGAGGAAAGCACAGCCCAUCAGGACCAACAAGCCCAGGACCAGCGUGAGCGCCGACCCCGCCAAGGGGCUUCUGAGGAACGGCAGCGUGUGCGCCAGGGCCCCAGGGGGCGCCGCGCAGGCCAGCGUGACCCUUAGGAGUUGCCGAGCUGCCUGCCCGCCCACUAUGCCCUCACCUGACGGGGCCCCCUUCUCCCCUCCCAAGCAGCACCCCAAGGACGCCAAGGCCGAGCCGCUGGACAGCAAGUGGCUGGCUCAGCCCGAGGGCUCGGCAGGCGCCGCCCUGGAGCCUCAGAGCAAGCACCUGGCCAAGCCCACCAGGGCAGCGGCCCAGGAGCCCGCGCGGAGCUCCGCGGAGCCUACCAAGGACGGCGGCCAGGCCUCUCCGAGCGCCAGCCCCCACAGAGGCCCCACAGCCCCGGCCGACAGCAGAGCCACGCCGCCGAAGAAGCCGCCACCGAAGGGCCUGCAGGCCGCGCCGCUUCCUGCGGAGGACAGGCCGGCCCUGGACUUCAAGAGUGAGGGCUCCUCGCAGAGCCUCGAGGAAGGGCGCCUGGUGAAAGCGCAGUUCAUCCCCGGGCAGCAGCCGGGCGCCAGGCCGCACCGCACGCACAGGAACGUGGGCCUCACAAGGAGCACCACCCUGAAGCAGCACGGCCAGGGCGAGCACGGCCUGCCCACCGUCAGGGAGAGACCGCGGGCGGCCAGCAAGAAGUGCCGCUUCCCUGACGACCUGGAUACAAAUAAGAGACCGAGGAAGGCCUCCAAGGGCCGGCGCAGCUCCCUGGGGCCCGAGGCCUGCCUUCCGGGCAGGGCCCUGGGUGCUGGCGGCCAUCGGGCGGGCGGCAAAGCGCACGGCCACGGACGGGAGGCAGUGGUCGCCAAACCUAAGCACAAGCGAACCGACUACCGCCGCUGGAAGUCCUCGGCCGAGAUCUCCUACGAGGAGGCCCUACGGCGGGCGAGGCGGGCUCGCAGGGAGCACGCGGCCAACUUCCCGGUCCCGGUGGCGCUGCCCUACACUAGCCCCUAUGCCUACAUGGCCAGUGACUCCGAGUACUCGGCCGAGUGCGAGUCACUGUUCCACUCCACUGUGGUGGACACCAGCGAGGACGAGCAGAGCAACUACACCACCAACUGCUUCGGAGACAGCGAAUCCAGCGUGAGCGAGGGCGAGUUCGUGGGCGAGAGCACCACCACCAGCGACUCCGAGGAGAGCGGGGGCUUAAUUUGGUCCCAGUUUGUCCAGACGCUGCCGAUUCAGACGGUCACAGCCCCGGACCUGCACAGCCACCCCACGAAAACCUUUGUCAAAAUUAAGGCCUCGCAUAAUCUCAAGAAGAAAAUCCUCCGCUUCCGGUCUGGCUCUUUGAAACUGAUGACGACAGUUUGAGCAGCAUCGACGCAGCAAGUGUCUUCCCCUUCCCUUAGUUUCUGAAAAGAAGAAAAAAGGUGGUGUCUUAAUUUUGUGUCAUGCUUUCAUGGAAUACUUUCCUUUUAUUAAAUAAAACCAAGAUAAAUUAUCUCUCAUCAUCAUGUAUGGACACUAGUGCCUUUAACGGAAGGUCAAGGGUGUAUUGCUAGUUAGAAGUAAAUAUUGAAGUUUUUAAUGCUGGUGAUAGUGAGUGAAUUUUUUGAUAUUUAGUUUAUAAUUUCUGAGCAUCUGGCAGAGUACAGGUUUUGAUGUUCAAGGUCUGUUGGGAUAAGACCUUUGGUUUCCAAGGUCAGGUGGAUGGAAGGCUAAGAUGUCCGUUUGCCCCUUCAGUACUUAGGGCUCUGUCCCUGUAAGGGCUUUCCUGUUGAGGGGCAUUAGAUAUGACUGUGUGAAGUAGGAGAAGCAGUCAUGGUUUUCUGUAAAGUUUUUGAUAAUGUAGUCUGCAUUUCUCAGAUGUUUUCUGGCCUGUUUCCUACUCAGAAAUGCUCUUUUUAUUGGAUUUAGAACUUGUAGCACAGAUAGACUGUAAAUCCACAGGUGGCAACCUGGAUAGGGACAGGACUUAAAAAAGACUUCCCAAAACCUUUGCCACAUUUAGUGCCUCCGCCUUGGUUACAGUAACUCCUCUUUCGGCCAUAUAUGCAGCAGUUUUUGAUGCCUUUCUCUCCACUCCUAACUUGUAGCCAAUACAACUUUGUCCCUGAGAGGACUUGCCUUUGGAGUAAAAAAAUCCUCUGGUGCAGAGAAAUUCAUUAAGGGGCAUGACUCCACAGGAUUGCUCAUUGAGCACUGUGCCACCUAAGCAUUGACCUAACAUUAGUGCAAUCCAGUCCAG